CUCUUUCAUAAAGCUCGCCUCAUUCUUUCAUUCAGGCAUUUCAACAAACACCUUUACAACGCCUAACAAAAAAGUUCCCAUUUCCCUGUUUUUUACUAUGGCUAGACCACAACAGAGGUACAGAGGAGUUCGACAGAGGCAUUGGGGCUCUUGGGUUUCCGAAAUUCGCCACCCAUUACUGAAGACUAGAAUUUGGCUUGGAACGUUCGAGACGGCGGAGGACGCGGCGCGGGCCUACGACGAGGCGGCGAGGCUAAUGUGCGGGCCAAGGGCCCGGACCAACUUCGCUUACAACCCCAAUGCGGCGGCCGGGCCGCCGUCGAAGAUCCUCUCGGCGACUCUGACGGCGAAAUUGCAUAAGUGUUACAUGGCUUCACUUCAAAUGACCCAGCAGUCCCUGCAAGAGCCCCCGAGAGUUGCGGGCCAACAGGUCUUUAGCAACAGGGGUAGUUUUGUAAAUGCGAAUGAGAUGUGUGGGUGGUGGCCGGAAAAGAAACCGGCGGUGAUUGCGCCGCCUCCGGCGCAGGAGGCGGCGGGGAGUGCGCAACAAUUCAAGUCGCUUGAGGAUGACCACAUUGAGCAAAUGAUUGAGGAGUUGCUUGAUUAUGGGCCAAUUGAGAUUUCCCCAGUUGUGCCAUCCUCUCAGACUAUGUAACGUGCGGACCAAUUGGCCCAAGAAAACAUCUCAAUCACCCUCCCAUUUUCGAAAAAACAUAUUUAUUGCUCCUCGAGCGCGGUCUCGUGGUGGUUCAGGUCCUUCCCGGCCACACAUUGGUGUAGGUUUCACAAUAAUGUGCGUGGCUUCUGCACUAAUGUAUGGCAAAGGAGGGUCCAAACUGCGUGGCUGUGACAUAUGAGCGCUAAAUAAUCACUCAAUUUCUCCCCUCGAAUCUCUUAUUUUGAAAAUUAGGUGUACCGGCAUUCUGAUGCAUUUCGGGCCAUUAAGUAUCUGUACGUGAUAGAAUGAGCUAAAAUGCACCGAAACACCGGUACAGUCGUUUUUGGAUGCAGAUGAUUUGAGCUUCCCCAUUUUGCUAAUUUGACCCAUUUUUCACAACCCUCUUGGAAGGCUCUUCAAGUGUAAUGGGUCCUCUCAAGUUCCUAGAAUAACAAAUUCUAAGUGACCCCAUUAGAGGAUUCAUGAUGUACAGUGUUAUUAUGAUGUAUUAUGGAUUAAUAAUUUAGUAUAUGAUGCCAUUGUAUGAUUUA